CUCCCAGCAACACAGUGUAAAUAACUAGACGUCUUGAGUAGCGCUAGCUAGCAUCGGUCGGAAAAAUGAAUGAAACACCGAUUUAACACCACAUAGCAAGUUAACCAAGUUGAGAAGCCACGAAGCGCAUACUCGAAACAAGACCCCGUAGCCCAGUUCCAGUUUCCCAGCUGAUUGUUGGUUAGCCAAUGGGACUGUUUGACAAGUUGGUUGGAUGGCUGGGGUUAAAGAAGGAGGUGAAUGUGCUGUGUCUUGGUCUGGACAACAGUGGAAAAACCACCAUCAUCAACAAACUCAAGCCUUCGAAUGCCCAGGUUCAAGACAUCGUUCCAACAAUCGGCUUCAGUAUAGAGAAGUUCAAGACGUCCAGUCUUUCCUUCACAGUCUUUGACAUGUCCGGUCAAGGCAGAUACAGAAACCUUUGGGAGCAUUACUACAAGGAAGGCCAGGCUAUUAUUUUUGUCAUAGACAGUGCAGACAAACUCAGAAUGGUUGUGGCCAAAGAAGAACUGGACACUUUACUAAGUCAUCCUGAUAUUAAACAUCGGAGGAUCCCCAUCCUGUUCUUUGCUAACAAGAUGGACGUCAGAGAUGCUCUGUCUUCUGUGAAGGUUUCGCAGCUUCUCUGUUUGGAGAACAUCAGAGACAAACCCUGGCAUAUCUGUACCACUGAUGCUCUGAAAGGAGAGGGAUUACAGGAGGGAGUCGACUGGUUGCAAGAUCAAAUUAUACAAUCAAAUCAAAACAAUGAGAACAUGAAAGCUUGAAGUGGUCUCUGGAAAGAAGUGGUCUUGUUUUUAGAGGCAGCGCAGGAGGAAAGCGUACAUUAAAGGGUUGAAGAGAUUUGGAAGUUUGUGACCGAUUCAAAAUGUGAUCUGAUUCUCUGUCACCACGGAGACAAACACAUCCGCCAACAGUACGACCAGAAAUAUA